AUGGCUUCACCAAAUGUUUUAAAUCGGGCCCUUCAACGAGCUGAUCGCCACGAUGAUGUUGAUACUUGGACGACUCCUGCUCAUUUGAUCAAUCUGGAUAGAGGCGCUGCACCGAUUGAGAAAGAGGCUGCUUUCAUGGACUUUGUCAUGCAAAGAGAUGAUCGCUGUACUGUCGUCUGCCUUGAUAACGGCAGGCGCUUCUCUGCAUUUCCCAUUACCUCCUCUAUUUAUAUGUCAUUCGUGCGCAGUCCGCCUCCUUGUAGCAUUAACGCCGGGCAGAUAUCGUUUGCAGCUUCCACAAUCACUGUUCUCGCCUUGCCAUAA